AUGGGCUUUAUUCAAUCAAUUGCCCUUUCAAAGCCCAAGGGCGAGCCGGGAAGUUCAUGGGCCGCUAUCGCCAUGGGCCUCUUUGUGGCCUUUGGCGGUGUUCUCUUUGGCUAUGACACGGGAACCAUCAGCGGCAUUCUUGCCAUGCCCUACUGGCAGCGGCUGUUCAGCACCGGCUACAUCGACCCCCAAGGAAACCCCAACAUCACGACUUCCCAAGAAUCCGCCGUUGUCUCCAUUCUCUCGGCCGGUACCUUCUUCGGUGCCCUGGCCUCGCCCUUCCUUACCGACUGGAUCGGCCGUCGACCUGGUCUCCUGAUCUCCACUUGGGUGUUCAACCUCGGAGUCGUCUUGCACACGGCUGCUACGUCAUUGCCCUUGUUCCUCGCUGGUCGCUUCUUUGCUGGCCUCGGAGUCGGCCUGAUCUCGGCCAUGGUCCCCCUCUACCAGUCCGAGACCGCGCCCAAAUGGAUCCGUGGCGUCAUUGUCGGUGCCUACCAAUGGGCCAUCACCAUCGGUCUGCUCCUGGCUGCCAUCGUCAACAACGCGACCUCGAAGCGCAACGACACGGGGUCCUACCGCAUCCCCAUCUCCAUCCAGCUCGCCUGGUCGCUCAUCCUGUUCGGCGGCAUGCUCAUCCUCCCCGAGACGCCGCGGUACCUCAUCAAGAAGGACAACAUCGACAAGGCGGCAAAGUCGCUCAGCAAGAUCCGCCGCCUGCCCGUCGACCACCCGGCUGUCCGCGCGGAGCUGGCAGAGAUCCAGGCCAACCACGAGUUCGAGAUGCAGCAGGGCGAGGGCACCUACCUUGACUGCUUCAAGCCCCCCAUCCUGAAGCGGCAGUUCACCGGCAUGGCCCUGCAGGCUCUGCAGCAGCUGACAGGCAUCAACUUCAUCUUCUACUACGGCACCAAGUUCUUCCAGAACUCGGGCGUCUCCAGCGGCUUCACCAUCUCCAUGAUCACCUCGGGCAUCAACGUCGCGUCCACCAUCCCGGGCAUGUACUUCAUCGACAAGUGGGGCCGCCGCCCGCUGCUCCUCUGGGGCGCCGUCGGCAUGGCCGUCUCGCAGCUCAUCGUCGCCGUCACCGGCACCGUGUCGACCGGCCAGCUCGACAACGGCGACAUCUUCGUCAAGAACCUGGCCGGCCAGAAGGUCGCCGUGGCCUUCACCUGCAUCUACAUCUUCUUCUUCGCGUCCACCUGGGGCCCCCUCGCCUGGGUCGUCACGGGCGAGAUCUUCCCGCUCAAGACGCGCGCCAAGUCGCUCAGCAUGACCACGGCCACCAACUGGCUGCUCAACUGGGCCAUCGCCUUCUCGACCCCGUACCUGGUCAACUACGGCGACGGCUACGCGAACCUGCAGUCCAAGAUCUUCUUCGUCUGGUUCGGCUGCUGCUUCCUGUGCAUCGCCUUCGUCUGGUUCUUCAUCUACGAGACCAAGGGCCUGAGUCUGGAGGAGGUCGACCAGCUGUACGAGGAGGUCACCGUUGCGCACAAGUCGAAGCACUGGGUUCCUUCGGACUCGUGGGACCACCGCCGCGAGGUCAAGCUGUCUGGCAAGGCCGAGGAGACCGCCGAGGUCGCCACCACUCACGUAUGA